AUGGGUCCAUUGAGAGUUGCUAUAGUUGGUGCUAACGGUAAGAUUGGUCACUUGUUGACCGCGAAGCUUAAGAACAGCAAGGCCAGCUUCGCUACGCCUGUCGCCAUUGUCAGGAACGAGGAGCAGGUCAAGCAUUUCCAGGAUGAAAUGGGUGUCGAUGCCUCCCUGGCUUCAAUUGAGUCUGCCACUGUGCCUGAGUUGCAGAAAGCGUUCACUGGUUGCGACGCUGUGGUGUUCACCGCUGGUGCUGGUGGUAAAGGUGUCGAGAGGAUAUUCACCGUUGACCUAGAAGGCUGUGCCAAGGUCGUGGAAGCCUGCGAGAAGUCCGGCAUCUCGAGGUUCGUGAUUGUCUCAGCUAUAAAGGCUGAGGACAGAGACUUCUGGUGGGGUCUGGAGGGACUGCGUAACUACUACAUCGCCAAGAAGGCUGCUGACCAAUACGUUAGAAACUCUAAGCUGGACUGGACGAUCUUACAACCUGGCUUCCUUGACACCAACUCCGGUACAGGCAAGUUGGUGCCACAGGAUCAAUUGGAGUCAAAGAAGGACGACAACUAUAGGAUCCAAAGAGAAGAUGUCGCAGAGUUCAUUGUGCAAAGCUUGCUACACCCAGCUGAGACGAAGCUGAAGACCAUCUCUUUGGCCAACGGUGACGUGCCAAUUGCUGAUUUCAUCAAGUCCUUAUAG